AUGGGCUUGCCAGGAUAUGCUGAUGAGCACAUCCGCCUACAUGUGCAAAUGACGGUGAGAUCUGCUCGAUGCCCCGAUCCUAGCAUAUUCCGUGUGCAGGGAACCCCCUGGCGCUGCCUUCGGCAGCUGCAGCUGGAAGCCUUGAGGCUAACUGGCUGGCAGCAGGCAGCCAGGCUGCUUCCAAAGACGGACUUUGCCACGGAUGCCGGUUCGGCCGUGUCUGCUGAAGAUCUCUACUCAGCUUCCACCUACAAUGCGGGGAGGUUGGAGCUGGAGUUGUGUCCGCCUUGCGAUUCUGGCGACAUGCUUUGCAGCUGGCUGAACCCAGCUGUGCGGCAUGUUCAGCGGCUUUGGCGUGCAAAGCUCCGCUUCAGGCUACGUGCUGACAUCCAGGACCUGCUGGGAACGUUCAAGCUCAUGGCGGAGGCGCGGCAGGCUCACUUCGUCAAUGCGGACAUCUUAGCAGGCCGGGGCGGCCGCGCCGCCGAAGCCUAUCCGCUCGCUCUGGCAGCCGCCGCCACUGGAUACCUGCCACAGGCCACUGCACGGACCUGGUUCCGAAGCCUUAGCCGACGAGCGGCUGUGUUCUGCCUGCGCGCCGGGGCCGUGUACUUGCAAGCUUUGUGCGGCUUGAACUGCCUCUUUCACUACCUUCCGGCUCUUCAGGAGCUGACACGCAGCUUCUUGAAGAAGCUUGGCCUAGCGUUCCCUUGGUUUCAGGACCCUGCACACAUGCAGCAUGGCUGCGUCCUUGCCCAAGCUGCAGCAGAGAGCCACGUGAAGAGGUCCCGGAAGCAGUCGCACUUUCCACCGUUUGAAACGGAGGUCUGGAGCGCUGUAAUGAUCUGGGCACUGCAGGGCAUCGAUGAUGCCUUCUCAGCUCUUGAAAGACAUUUUUCAGAUGAUCGGCUUCGGAAGCGUUUCGAGGAUCUUCCCCGGCUAGCCGAAAUUUUGCACAAGGCUUUGAAUUCAAUUCGGUCCGCGGUGGGCCCACAGUUAGUCUGUGCCUCCUAUGCCGCCGAUGAUGCAGCCGUUUCGAUUUUGCAUGUCUUAAGACCCGGGGAGAACUUCGGCAACCUCCUGCGCACGGGCUCGGAGUUCUUUGGCAUGGAGCACGCCCAGCUCCUGCUGUCAAGCAAUCAAGAUGGCUUCGGAGAGCCGGUCCAGCCCGAAGAGGUCAUGGAAACCCUCGGACAAGAGGGGAUCUUCCUCUCGGUUCUUGUACGGCCCUACUCGCCCGACCUGUCCAGCUUGGAGCAUCAGAUCUCUGAGGUGGCAAAGGUGGUCGGCUCCAACUUCUCACUUCAACGAGCGGAGCAUGUUUUGCACCUCUGGUCAGAGUGCGAGGCCACCGCAGGACAAGCAGGCUCUUGCUCCUGCCGCAUCCUUCUGCCGGAGCACGGGCUCUAUUCCAAGGAGUGUCAGUACUAUCACAUGUACUUGGAACGCAGCUCCAGUAUGCUGACCCUUCGUUGCAACAGCCGGGCCUUCAUUGCGUGGGUGCGUGAGAGCUACGGAGGCCUGGGUGGCGACCUCGGUGGCGGUGCAGAGGCAGAUGCUCCGGAGGCACCAGAAGCAUCGUCGCUGAUGUCGGAGAUUCAGGCGAUGCAAGGACAGGUUGAUGGUUGGCUGAAGUCGCGGUGGGCCGCGAAUCUGCGAUCGCGCUCCUGCUGCAGCUUUGGGUCACUGCCCGGGUUGCAGACGUCACGGCGUGGCGCUGUGCAAAACGUGGAAGAGACAUCUGCUUUGUCGGGCCAAUCCGGAGCCAGCUCUUCCUCUGACUCCGUGGCCUCGAAGCAAUUGGCCAAGGUUGAAGGUCUUUCGGAGUCGCCUCCAAAGCGCUCGGAGCUUCGCGACUUCUUCGGGGGAUCGGCAAGCUGGGGAAUGGAACAGGAAGGAGGCAGUGGCGGCAGCAGCGGGAGCAGCUCUGACCCGUUUCGCAAACAGGUGGAGCAAACGUCUGGCGAAGAGGAGUCGCCAGACGAGAGGACUCGGCAGCUCUCGCAACAAUACUUUGCACCCGAGGUCCUUCGGCCCGCUACGAUCGGAGCUGCAGCCUGUGCCACGGCAUUGAUGACCAUUCCGCCACAUACCGCACGAGUGGUGAGUCAAGUCCUGGCCACCGUUGGCGACGGCAGGGUGAUGAUUGCGUCGGGCCUGAACUCCAUGGUCAGCUCCUAUGUUGCUGGCCUCUCUGGGGGUCUCGUUGGUGCGGCCGUGGGUGGCGCAGCUGGGCCAUUGGGAGCGGUGGUGGGCUCUGUAGUCGGAGCGACGGCGGGUGGCGAGAGUGCCAAGUGGAUGGCUGCACAAUCGCAGAUCGUCGAUUUCAAUCACAUGAAGCAUUUCCGGUUUUAUACUUCGGCGGCCGAUGGCCACCAGUAUCUGUCGCACAGGGCCACCGUCCAAGCACCCGGAGCCGAACUGCUGGUUCUCAUCGUCUUAGUGCAGGCAGGGACCAACGGGGUGCGAAAUCUCUGGAGCUAUGCAAAUGGGCAGAUGUCUGGCCAAGACAUGGCUAUGGCCUUCGGCAGAGACCUGCGCGACGGUGUUAUUGUGUCAACCUCGGCGCAGGUGGUGUUGAAGGCGCUGCAAUGGGGCCAGGGCCACGCAGCCGGCUCGUGGAUUGCUUCGUUGAGCGCGACGACACUGAGCCAGCCGGUGCCGGUCCUGAUGGCCGUCUUGACCGGGGGCCUCCUUGCCUCGCAAUGCCUUCGCUACUCCAUGGGGACCAUCUCACUGGAGCAGCUGCGUGCCAACUCCGUCCUCGCUGCCACAGUGUCUGGAGCAGGCAUUGCCACGAACGUGGCCUGUAUCGGGCUCCACCUGCCGUUUGUCAGCUGCGCCUUGCUUACCUGCACUGCCAGUAACCUGGCCGGUUUGUGGGCUUACGAGGCCUGGAGAGCAGGAAAGCAGGAUGCUUUGGAGGAUAAGCUGCUGGCCCUAGCCCGGGACGUCUUUGGGGUUGGGCCUGGGCACACACAGCGGAGCUUGGACCGGCGCUGGCGCGUGCUGGCGCGAAUGGCUCACCCGGACAAGAAUCGUCGUCGCGAUGCCAAGACCACCUUUGCUCUGCUGCGGCUCUGCAAAGAGGUGCUCGAGAUGCGGGCAGCAGGCAGCAGAGUCCGAGAACCGGCUCUGUAUGAGUCCUUCGCCAGCCUCUCGCAGCAGCUUCCGACAUGGCUGAGGGAUGCCUGCAGAGUGCGAACUUGA